AUGGCCUCUACCGCGGCCACGGCCGUGUCCGCGAUAUUCGCGGUAAGGACGACAAUAAUUCUCACGAUGGUUAUCACGAAGUUCGGCAUUGUGGUGACGGGCCUCAGCAGCACGUGCCUCGCGCGCUUCUUCCACGUUCUAGGAAGGCCCGAAGAUCAGGCGAUAGGUCACGGAGAUCAGGCGAUAGGUCACGGACAUCCUCAUGGCUACGGCGCUCGCGGGAACGGCCACGGUCUUGAUGGCGCUGUGACCCGGGUCCGGCGACUGUUGGGCCACAGAGGGUCUGGAGGCAGGAAUCCAUAUUUGGCAGAUAAGUGGCCAUCCUUCCAACCUGAUGACGGGCCGACUUCUUCUGCGCGUAUCAAAACUCUGCGAGCUGGUGCUCCCAGCGCCGCAGCUAGAACCUCCAAGUCAGAUGAUAGCCCAGUAUCACCAGCCGUGACACUCUGA